AAAUCAAGCGUUUCAAUAUGUCUGCGCCCAUGUAAAGAAAAUGAAAAUAGAGACGCCUUAGUGUUUCAUUUAAAGUUUUUAGACCAAGUCAAAUAUGUCAGUUAGUUUUAAUUAAACCUAAGGCAUAAAGAAAUUAUGACUGGCGUUCCAGACAGUGCUGAUUUUGCAAGAACGACUUUGUUUAAAUCUAAAAAAGAUUGUAUUUACACAAGUUGCUAUUGUGAGGAAAAUGUUUGGAAGCUCGCCAAUGAAGUAAAAGAAAAGUAUAGCGGGGAACUUGGAAAUUGUUUCUGUGUAUUUAUAUCAAAUGAAUCUCAAGCUAUACCACUUUGGGAACAGGCAGCCAGUAAAAGAGAAGAUGGAUUGGUGAUUUGGGACUACCAUGUUAUAUUUUUACACAAGACACAAGAUGGCAGCUAUGUUUAUGAUUUAGACACAAAACUUGAUUUUCCUUGUAUGUUUAGUCAUUAUAUUGAUAGAGGAAUACAGUCAUGUGAUAAGUUCAAAAAGGAGUAUCACAGGCAGUUUCGAGUGAUUCCAGCUGAUGAAUUUUUAUCAACAUUUGCAUCAGAUAGAUCUCAUAUGUUAGACGAGGAUGGUAAAUGGUUGAAGCCUGCACCAUCCUAUCCAUGUAUACAAACAAAAGAUGCUACAAACAAUAUAAAGGACUUUAUAAGCAUGGACCCAGAAGUUGGAGUUGGGAAAAUAAUGAACUUUUGGCAAUUCUGUGAUACUUUUAUCGAAAAAGACACUUCCUGAUGAAAUACAUGUACUAUCAGUAAGAUGUACUACAACAACUAAUAUUUAUUACUGAAAAUGAGCUGCUUUUAUUCUGUUAAAUUACAAGUAAUGUCCUCUGAUGUUCAAGAUUCUACCUUGUACUUGAUGCAAUGCUAUUGUUGUUUAUGUCACAAUGUCCCCUGACAUUACUGCACACAUCAACAAAAGAAGGAUUGUUAUAAGCGUCAAUGUAUUGUGAACUUAUGAAUACUUUACAAUACUAAUCUUGUGUGAUAGAAGUGUCAUGCUUCGAAUUUGGAUCUGUGAAUUUUUUAUCUUUAAGACAAUAAAGAUUCAGCUGUCAGUAAGGUAAAAUCUGAUCAGAUUUUACUAGAGUGUAUGUGUAGUCUGGCCUAGGAAAGUCAUUGUCAUUGCCAGCAAUUGGAAGGGUUAACUGUGGAAGAUAAUUUAACGCUACCUAUUUCACAUCAAUUGAUUGUUGUAUAAUCAUUGCAUUUCCUAUGGCUUUAAAGCUACUCUCCCACACAAAACGGGUACAAAAACCAUCAACAUAUUUGUUUACUGUUAUUUGAUAUGCAUAGAAGUAAAAUUUGCAUAACUGUGACCUAAUGGUUGUUAUGUUUCACUUGACACUGUUUAUAUCCAUUUUAUCACACCCGUGAACAUGUUGCAUGUAGUUUAUCUUUAUGUACAGUAGGUAGAACUAACUACAAUGUAUAUAAAUGCCAGUUUUACACCAGAUGACCGAUUUAUGUUCUUCUUUUGUGUCUCUUUUUAAAGACAUAUUUUUCUAUGAUAUACAUGUAUUGUGCAGCAAUCCAUUGCAGGAUAAAAAUAAUAAUGGAUGUGUAUAAUUUAAGUCAAUAUUUACAAAAUAAAACGUUGCAACGGUUUGAAAUUACAGCAUCAUAAACAUAGAAAAACUUUUACUUUUUUAUUUAUUUCUUCAAAUUUUAUCUUUUGGUGAUAUUUUAUUUGAAAAACGCCCAAACUGCAAUAUGUGGGAUAGUAGCUUAACAGGCUUAGGGUCUUUCAAGCAGUCACACCAACUUUUUAUGCCCCCACAGAGUGGGAGCAUAUAGCGUUGCACUUGUCCGUCCGAGUGUCAGUCCGUCCGUCAGUCCGCACUCACAGGAGAGUAAUUAUGUGGCUAGAGGGACAAUAGGUAACUGUUCUUUCUCUUUGAUGUCAUUCAUUCCGUAAUGCUUUUAUGUGGCUAUUUUCUUUUGUGUGGCUAAAAAGAACAAUAGAGAGAACAAUAGAGUAGCCACAUUAUUACUCUCCUGUUAGAACGUCCGUCCGUCCGUCCGUCAGUCCGUCCGUACGUCCCGAAAUCUUGUGAACGCAACUCCUCUUAAACCGGAUGGCAGAUUUUGCUUAAACUUACAGGGAUGAACAACCUUAAUGUGUAGAUGGUAGUAAAGGAAGGAAUUUUCGCUGCGACCAAAUUUAACAGAAUUAUGGCCCUUUGUUGAUUUUUUCACUAGAUACUAUGAAGAAAUUUUGUGAACGCAACUCCUCUUAAACCGCAUGGCAGAUUUUGCUCAAACUUACAGGGAUGAACAACCUUAAUGGGUAGAUGGUAGUAAAGGAAGGAAUUUUUGCUGCGACCAAAUUUUACAGAAUUAUGGCCCUUUGUUGAUUUUUUCACUAUAUACUAUGUAGAAAUUUUGUGAACGCAACUCCUCUUAAACCGCAUGGCAAGAUUUUGUUUAAACUUACAGGGAUGAACAACCUUAAGGUGAAGAUGGUAGUAAAGGAAGGAAUUUUCGCUGCGACCAAACUUUACAGAAUUAUGGCCCUUUGUUGAUUUUUUCACUAUAUACUAAAUAGAAAUUUUGUGAAUGCAACUCCUCUUAAACCGGAUGGCAGAUUUUGCUUAAACUUCCAAGGAUGAACAACCUUUAUGUGUAGAUGGCAGUAAAGGAAGGAAUUUUUGCUGCAACCUAAUUUAACAGAAUUAUGGCCCUUUGUUGUUUUUUUCAUUAUAUACUAUGUAGAAAUUUUGUGAACGCAACUCCUCUUAAACCGGAUGGCAGAUUUUGCUUAAACUUCCAGGGAUUAACAACCUUAAUGUGUAGAUGGUAGUAAAGGUAGGAAUUUUUGCUGCGACCAAAUUUAACAGAAUUAUGGCCCUUUGUUUAUUUUUAGUUUUCAACUUGUGGCACAUGUAGUCCAAAAAAUAUUUGGCCUAGAGUCAUAAGAUUGACAGAACAGUGGUGUGUGGGGGCAUCCGUGUCCUAUGGACACAUUUCUAGUUAAAGUUUGCUUUAAUUGUGCAAUUUAAGUUUCUAAGCUUGCAGUCAAACCUGUGAAUAUUACAAUAAAAAAUCAAAUUAACAUUUUUCAUAAAUCUUUCUGAAUUUCAUUAAUUUUCUUUUAUCAAUAUAUGUGUAUUUUGUAAAUAUUGUAUGAAUAACAAAAUAAUAAUGUACAGAA